GAAGCGCACGAGGGCGGCGAUGAGGCGGCUGAGGUGGCAGCAACGGGAGUGUGGCCGGGUGGGAGUUGCUGUCUCCCCCCGCGCCUCCGGCACGGAGCCCAGGGCCGGCCGCGCCCGCGGCCUGCUCUGCCGACAGGGUCCCCGCCGCUGCCCGCCCCGCAUCGCCUGACGCGCCUGACGCCCUGCGCCUGCGAUGUCCCACGGCUGCCGGCUCCCCGGGCCCCGGAGCGGCUCCGGGGGCCUGUGCCGGCCGUAGCAGGCCUGCCGAAGGCACCGGCGCCGCCUGAGCCGUAAUGCGCCUGGCCGCGGUGCUGGCCGCGCUGCGGCCCGUGCUGCCGCUCCUCCUGGGCCUGUCCCUGGGCUGCAGCCUGAGCCUGCUGCGCGCCUCCUGGAGCCAGGCCGGCGAGGACGCGUGCCCAGGGGCGGCAGGUCGGCCUGGGCUGCCUGCCGAUGGAGCACAGACAGAGGCAGCAGAGGGAGGGCCAGGCCAGGACCGUGAAGACUUCAGGCCCAGGAUCGUUCCCUACUACAGAGACCCCAACAAGCCUUACAAAAAAGUGCUCAGAACUCGCUACAUCCAGACAGAACUGGGAUUCCAUGAGAGACUAUUUGUGGCUGUGCUGACCUCUAAAGCUACCCUGAAUACACUGGCAGUGGCAGUGAACAAGACAGUUGCCCACCAUUUCCCUCGCCUGCUGUACUUCACAGGGUUGCGCAGUGCCAAGGUGCCCCAUGGCAUGGUACUGGUGGCCCAUGGGGAUGAGCGUCCUAUCUGGCUGAUGUAUGAGACCAUGCAUUAUAUCCACCAGCAUUUUGGUUCUGACUAUGACUGGUUCUACAUCAUGCAGGAUGAUACCUAUGCCCAGGCAGAACAGGUCAAGGCUUUGGUGACGCACCUAAGUAUCAACCAAGACGUCUACCUGGGUCGAGCAGAGGAAUUUAUUGGGGGAGAUGAGCAGGCCCGCUAUUGCCACGGUGGCUUUGGCUACCUGCUUUCCCGCAGCCUGCUGCUUAAGCUCCAUCAGUACUUGGACAGUUGUCGCAAUGAGAUCCUUAGCAUGCGCCCAGAUGAGUGGCUGGGACGUUGCAUCAUUGAUUUCCUUGGCAUCACUUGUGUUUCCCAGCUCCAGGGCCAGCAUUAUCACACCUAUGAAUUGGCCAAAAAUACUGAGCCAGAGAAGGAGAACAAAGAGGAAUUCCAAGCCGCUCUUGCUGUGCACCCUGUUUCUGAUGUGACUCUCAUGUAUCGGCUGCACAAGCACUUCAGCAGGAUCCAGCUGGGGAGAGCCUACCAGGAGAUCCAGGAACUCCAGAUGCAGAUCAGGAACCUGACAUCACUGACCCCUGCAGGCGAGGCAGGCUUGACGUGGCCUGUGGGCAUUAAUGCCCCAUUUCUUCCCAAGUCUCGUUUUGAGGUAAUCAGCUGGGACUACUUCACGGAGCAGCACCUCUUCUCCUGUCCUGAUGGUUCCCCAAAGUGUGAGCUCUCGGGAGCCAGCAAAUCAGAUGUCAGUGACAUAAUUGAGUCAGCACUUGAGCAACUUAACAGCCGCUACCAGCCUCUGCUCCGCUUCAGCAAGCGACAGUUGCUGAAUGGCUAUCGGCGCUUUGACCCCACACGGGGCAUGGAGUAUACACUGGAUCUCCUGCUGGAGGCAGUGACCCAAAAGGGUCACAGUCAUGUUCUGGUCAAACGAGUGAGCUUGGUGCGGCCCCUAAGCAAGGUGGAAAUUAUUCCCAUGCCAUAUGUAACAGAGGCCACACGGGUGCAACUGGUGCUUCCCUUGACUGUGCAGGAUCUGGAUUUUGUGGCAAACUUCCUGGAUAUGUUUGCUAUGAACACACUGGACACCCAUGAUAAUGCACUGCUGACUUUACUUUUCAUCUAUCAUCCCUAUGAUGCCCAGCGAGUCAGCCAGGUAGAUGUUUUUGCUGGAGUCAAAGCUAUGGUAGGAGAGCUGGAGAAACGCUAUGCAGAAGUUAAAAUCCCCUGGAUUAGUGUCAAAACUGAGGUGCCAUCUCAAGUGAAACUCAUGGAUAUAGUGUCAAAGAAGCACCCUGUGGACACCCUGUUCUUUUUAGCCAGUGUCUGGACAGAAAUCAACAUGGAGUUCUUGAACCGCUGUCGCAUGAAUACUAUCAGCAAUUGGCAGGUAUUUUUUCCAGUGCAUUUCCAAGAGUUCAACCCCGCAUUGGUGUAUCAUGGUGAGCAAGCUGCUUCCUCCAGCACUGACUUCUUAAGAGAUGGGCAUUUUGAUAGACAUUCCUUUGCUGAGGCUUGCUUUUAUAACUCUGACUAUAUGACAGCACGUACCAAGCUAGCAGCUGAUGUCGUAGACCGGGAUGAGGUGCUGGAGAGCAUGGAAGUAUUUGAUGUCUUCCUCCACUAUUCUGGCCUGCACCUAUUUCGGGCUGUGGAACCAGGGUUAGUGCAGAAAUAUGCACUGAGGAGCUGCAAUCCACGACUGAGUGAGGAAUUAUACCAUCGCUGUAUGCUCAGUAACUUAGAGGGACUUGCAUCCCGCUCACAUUUAGCCAUGGGCCUCUUUGAGCAGGAACAGGCCAAUAGCACUUGAGAGACUUCUUAGCACCUUAACAUUUGGCACUUUCUGCCCUCUUUCCAGCCUGGUUAUGGGAGAAGGGCAUGAGAGGUGAAGGGAAGAGGAAGAUGCUCACAGCCUUGCUCUAAGGCACAAGCAUGGGCUGUGGAGAGAGGCUGUUUGUUUUUAAAAAAAAAAAAAUAAAAAGUUUCUUUCCAAGCAGA